AUGAUUACCACAAGCGGCCGCGUUGUUCGCAAGGGCGGCAACGCUUCAAGUACCCGGAUGGCGCCACCACCCAAGCAGACACCUCAGGAACAAAUCGAAGACGCACUGCAGGCACGCGACUUUUCGAAAGCAACCACCAUCUUAGAGUUUUACAAGACAAGCGGGCAGAGCCUCGGCGAUUUCGCGAUUAACGAAUGGCUCGCCUAUAGUGCUUUCCACGCGAAUGACAUAGAGAAGGCUAUUGAUGUGUACAAGGAAAUUCUUGCACUGGAGGACUCUGCGCCGAUCAACCACACAUAUCUGGGCUGUUGCUACUACAUGAACGGUUCGUUUAAGGAAGCGGAGGAAUGCGCGUUACGUGGCCCGACGUGCCCUCUUCAGACGCGACUAAUGCUGCACAUUGCGCAGAAGAUGCACAACGAGGAGAAACUCAUGGUCUAUCACGGCAAGCUGCAGGAUACGGUCGAGGAUCAGCUUUCACUGGCUGCGGCGCAGUACAUUCGCAACCACUACACAGAGGCCAUCGAAGCCUACAAGCCCAUUCUUGCUCAAAUGAGGGAGUACAAGGCACUCAACGUAUACGUGGCGAUGUGCUACUUCAAGCUAGACUACUACGAGGUGAGCGUCAGCGUACUGAACGUGUACUUGCAGACCUACACUAGCAGCGCGGUGGCCAUCAAUCUUAAAGCUGCGAAUCACUAUCGCUUGUUCAACAACAGAGCGGCGAAGAGCGAGCUGAAGCUGCUGAUUGACCUUCAGCGCACCACUUACUACGUUGAGACUGACAUUGUGAAGCACAACCUGGUCGUGUUCAACAACGGUGAGGGCGCCCUGCAGGUCCUGCCGUCCCUCCUGGAUGUCGGGAUUCCAGAGGCGAGGUUGAACCUGGUCAUCUACCACCUGCGCCAUGAGUGUAUCAACGAAGCCUAUGAGCUGAUGGCCGACGUAGAUCCACUCACAACGCAGGAGUACAUCUUGAAGGCUGUUGUCAACGCGUACAUGGGUCAAAAUAUGGAGUCACAGGAGCACCUCAAGGUGUGCAAAGAAAUCUUCAACUACGUGGGCUCCUCGGCGAGUGACCGCGACACGAUCCCUGGGCGACAGUGCAUGGCGUCCUAUUUCUUUCUACUGCGCGACUUUCCCAACGUGCUCAUCUACUUGCGUUCGAUUAAGCCGUACUUCAGCAAAGACGACACCUUUCUUUACCUCUACGGCAUCGCGUGCGCUGGGACUGGCGAGUAUGCAGAGGCGGAGCAGAGCCUGCUCGCGGUCAGCUCGGAAAAGAUCAAGUCGGAGUUCAGCUACACGAGCUGGCUUGUACGGUCACACAUCAACAAUAAGCACCCCAAGAUGGCCUGGGAUAUCUACCUUAAAAAGGAGAUGGGCGAGUCUAUUGGUAUCUUGCGACUCCUCGCAAAUGACUGCUACCGCACCAGCGCCUUUUACUAUGCAGCCAAGGCGUUUGAUGUGUUGGAGCGACUUGACAACGAGCCCGAGUAUGUGGAGGGCAAAAAGGGGGCAUGCAUCGGUGUAUUUCAGCAGGUCUUCGCCAAUGAGGAGCCGGCCGACUCCCUGUUCGACGUGAUGAAGCUCAUUGACGCAAGUUUGCAGCGGCACGUCGAUGACCAGCCUACGGUGCAGCAGUUUUCGAGCAUGCUCGCGUUGAUGAAGGACUGGGCAAAGGACGCGAAGCUGAAGCGUCGGUAA